AUGAAUGCUAUAGGUAAUUAUAAACUGACUCAAAACAUCCUGCCUCCUCCUGGUAGCUGCUAGUCAGUGUAAAAUUACAUCAAAAUUUCUAAGCCGGCUCUCUACUCCAGUGAUAUCCUUUCUCCUCCCUCCCAUGUCCGGCACAACCCCUGUUCUUCAUCCUCUUCUCCAUCUUCUUGUUGCCUUAUUUUUCCUAAAUAGCUAUGCCAGAGGUAGGAGUACUCACCUCUGUGAACGCCCUUCCUCCUGUGGGAAUUUCCCUAACGUCAGCUACCCCUUUCGAUUUAAAGGUGACCCAGACAACUGCGGAAACGCAAACUACGAACUGGUUUGCCAGAAUAACCGACCCAUGCUUUCCUUAUUUCCCGGAAAAUGGUACCAUGUCAAGGCGAUCAACUACUCAGAUCACACGAUCCGAUUAGUCGAUGUCGGGGUACGUGAAGGGAAUUGCUCAUCUCUUCCCCUUCACUCUUUAUCGGUAGACAACUUUACUAGUGAUUAUAACAAAGGGACCGGACAUCACAAGCUUUCGUCGUUCUUAUGGGAACAUACGGAUGCAGCCCUGUUCGUGGCUUGCGAAAAACCAGUGAUAUCUCCACAGUACGUUGACGUUAAUAAUGCUUCUAGAGAUUGUAGUAUUAACAGAGACGUUCUAGUGGGCUCAUCUUCUUCCCACGACCACAACCGGCAAAGGUACUCGUACUACGUAGUGCCAGGCGACAUGAGAGCCGGGGAUUUGGCGGAUCAUUGCAGGGUAGACAAGGUCUUUCCUACGACGCCGUGGUCGAGAGAUAGAGAUAUUAAUGGUAAAAAUCCUGAACCCAAAAACAACUUAUCUUUGGUGGAAGUCCACAAGAAGUUGGAGUAUGGGUUUCUUGUCUCGUGGGACAGCAUUCUGUGUGAGGAUUGCACAGGACUAGGCCGUUGCUCCUUCGACUAUGGUUAUUACAAAGUCAAGUGCAACAUGCGGCCCUAUACAUAUAUCUUGAAGAUAAUAGCCUUUCAUUACGUCUUUCCUUGGAUCAAAAUCCCCGGAUUGUUUCUUGGUGCAAGAACUUUAUGUGGCUUUCUAGGGCUCUUUGCCUUUUUGAUCUGUAAGUUCAGAAGAAGACAUUUGUCAAUGUUCGAUACCAUUGAAGGUUUUCUCCAAAGUCAGAACAACCUGAUGCCGAUCAGGUACUCAAAUUCCCAAAUAAGGAAGAUGACCAGAGGUUUCAAGGACAAGUUGGGGGAAGGAGGCUAUGGUUCUGUAUACAAAGCGAAGCUCCGAAGCGGGUAUAUCGCGGCGAUAAAGGUUUUAGAAAAGUCCAAAGCCAAUGGCCAAGAAUUCAUCAAUGAAGUAGCAACCAUUGGAAUGAUUCAUCAUGCCAAUGUGGUCCGACUAAUCGGAUUUUGUGCUACGAGAUCUAAACGAGCUCUAGUCUACGAAUUCAUGCCUAAUGGCUCUCUUGAGAAAUACUUAUUUUCUCAAGAAGGGAUUGUCUCUUUGAGUUGCAAGCAAAUGUACGACAUUUCUCUUGGAGUGGCACGUGGGAUUGAAUAUUUGCAUUGUGGAUGUGACAUGCAAAUCUUACAUUUUGACAUCAAGCCUCAUAACAUUCUUUUAGAUGAGAAUUUCAAUCCAAAACUUUCGGACUUCGGACUUGCGAAAUUGUAUCCAACGGAUAAUAGCAUAGUGUCUCUUACUGCGGCAAGAGGAACAUUGGGCUACAUGGCUCCAGAGUUGUUCUACGAAAACAUUGGACGUGUUUCAUACAAAGCUGAUGUCUACAGUUACGGAAUGUUAUUGAUGGAAAUGGCAGGCAGGAGGAGGAACUUGAAUGCGUUUGCUGAUCACGCAAGCCAAAUUUACUUCCCUUCAUGGAUUUAUGACCAAUUCAAAGAAGGGAAAGAGAUAGAAAUGGGAGAAGUCACGGAGGAGGAAAGGGAGAUGGUGAGGAAGAUGGUUAUAACAGCAUUGUGGUGCAUCCAAAUGAGACCUAGCGAUCGUCCUUCGAUGAAGGAAGUUGUAGAGAUGCUUGAAGGAAAUGUUGAAUCUCUUGAAAUGCCCACCAAGCCUUUCUUAACUCCUCAAGAGAUACCAGUUGAAGAUCAAUGAAUCAACUGAUAGCCAUUCUACCAGCUGUUGUCACAAGGUUUUGUAAUUUAGAAUAAGUGCAUUAUAAUAGACUAAUUAUCAACUAGUGGUGUAAUAUUUUUAUGGAGGAAAGGUCACGACAUCCUCUAAUAAACAAGGCAGAUAGAUAGUCUUCUUCAAGAAUAUUAGACUGAAAUUAUAUACAAGAACUGAUUGUCUUUAAUUUUGGCUUU